CCGAGAGCCCCCAGUCCGUGCGAUCUCCCUCCAUUUUGGAGCCCUAGAGAGAAGACAAGGAGGAAGAAGGAGAAGAAAGGCGAGGGGACUGUUGCGGCGGGAAGAGGAGAAUGCUUCAAUUCCACGAGCACAUUGUAUCGGAGCUCUUGGAGGACGAAAAUGGAGGACUCGUCAUCCUCGCUUCUGGCCUCGGUCUCCACAAGAUCGUCUCCUCCCUCCUCCUCCUCCAUUCGCCCUCUCAGGGAUCCGUCUUCGUCCUCUCCGCGUCUGACUCGCAAAAGUCAGCCAUCAAGAACGAACUCAUCCUCAAUUCUCCUAGCCCCAACUUCGCCGAGAUCGCGUUCGAUUCUUCCUCGCAGCACCGUCAGGAACUUUACUCCGAGGGCGGGAUCUUCUUCAUCACUACUAGAGUUCUCAUCGUCGAUAUGCUAAAUUCUAGGGUUCCGAUGUCGAGGGUCGCCGGAAUCGUUAUCCUCAACGCGCACAAACUCACCGAGACCUGUACUGAAGCGUUCAUUGUUAGGGUCUACAGGUCGUUCAAUCGCGCCGGUUAUGUUAGAGCUUUCUCUGAUAAACCGCAGGCUAUGGUGUCUGGGUUCGCAAAAACCGAGAGAAUCAUGAAGGCACUGUUUAUCAGGAGGCUGUUCCUAUGGCCCAGGUUUCAGGUUUUCGUUUCCGAUGAUCUGGAGAGAAAUCCGCCUGAGGUUAUCGAUUUUAGGAUUCCUCUUUCAGGCCAUAUGAAGGGGAUCCAGACGGCCUUGCUCGAGGUGAUGGAUGCCUGCUUGAAGGAAUUGAAGAAGACGAACAAGGUGGAUGUGGAUGAUCUGACAGUCGAGAAUGGUCUGUUCAAGUCGUUUGAUGAGAUUGUGCGGUCACAGCUGGAUCCUAUUUGGCACGUCAUUAGCAAGAAAACUAAGCAGCUCGUUUACGAUCUCCAAAGCCUGAGGAGAUUGGCGGAUUAUCUUGUCCGGUAUGAUUCUGUUGCUUUCCUGAGGUAUCUAGACACUCUUAGAGUUUCGGAAGGAAUUCGUUCGGUCUGGAUGUUUGCAGCAUCAAGCCAGAAAAUUUUUGAACUGGCCAAGAAAAGCGUCUAUCGGUUGGCGAAGGGGAGCGAAGGUGAUUUGGCAGUGGUUGCUGCGAGCCGGGUAAGGGGUCGUCUUGGCAAGAGUAGAAUAGAAGAAGGAUCAGAAGCAGAUGGGAGAAAUGUUGAUGAAGCAGCUACAUCAGAUGAGCAAGGAAAGCGUUCAGCAGCGAGAUCUGGGGUAGUGUUAGAAGCUGUUCUGGAGGAGCCCCCAAAAUGGAAAGUGUUACGUGGAGUGCUUGAAGAAAUAGAAAACAAAAUGAAAAAUCAAGCGCUUUCAGGCAAAGGAGAAUGUACAUCUGAAGAACUUGAUCAUGGAGCAAUUCUGGUAGCCUGUAAGGAUGAACGAUCUUGCAUGCAGCUACAGGAUUGCAUGGCAAAGGGGGCUCGGCAGGUCAUGAAUGAAGAGUGGGAGAAGUAUUUAGUAGGAAGGAUAGAGUUGCAUGGAUUAAGAACACAAAGCAACAAAAAAAGGAAGAAAGAACUGGCAGGGUUUGGCAUAUUAAAUGGGACGGUCCCAGCAGGGCCAGUGGAAACUACUGAAACUGGCAACAUGUAUCUGUUAGAGCAUAAUGUUCUUUUAGCAGCAGCGGCUGAUGUGGGGAAGCGAAUCAAGCAAGGAACUGUUGUAAACAAUGCUUUACUGCCUGAAGCAAGUAAGGCUGGGCAUGGGCAAGGAAGAGGAAAAGGAGCCUGUGUAAAGGCAAAGUGGACCAAAUUUCCAAGUGUUAAAAGUAACAAAGAAAAACAUUCUGAGAUUUCUGAGUUAGAAAAAGAAAAAGUUGAACAUAAAGAUUAUCUGGCUGAUGUUUCAGAGUCUGAAAGCAAUAAAAAAGAAAAGUGUGAUAUUGCGGACGUAGAGAGAGUUCUGGCAAACCCUGAAACAUGCAGCUGCUCUGAGACGCAGACUGUUGAGAAAUGGAUCCAUGAUGUAAAUUCAAAUGGAAGUGGAAGCAACUGUUCAACACCUGUGGUCCAUUUCUAUGCACUGGAGAGUGAUCAACAUAUACUGGAUGUUCUGAGGCCUUCUGUUAUUAUAUGCUACCAUCCAGACAUGACAUUUGUCAGGGAAAUUGAAGUCUAUAAAGCAGAGUACCCUUCAAAGAAGUUGCAAGUUUAUUUUCUGUUCUACGAUGAUUCAACAGAGGUGCAAAAAUUUGAGGCUAGUAUACGGAGAGAAAAUGGAGCAUUUGAAUCUCUUAUUAGGCAGAAAUCUUUGAUGAUGUUCCCUGUUGAUCAGGAUGGACGAUGUCUUGGAUUGACUAUCCUUAGUGAACCACAGUCUUUGGAUUCUCGGAAUGCCUUGACUAGAAAGGCAGGUGGUAGAAAGCUGCCAGAAAAACAAAUGCAGGUCAUAGUGGACAUGCGAGAAUUCAUGAGCAGCCUCCCCAAUGUUCUCCAUCAGAAAGGCAUGAAGAUUGUGCCUAUCACUCUGGAGGUAGGGGAUUAUGUACUUUCACCUCUAAUGUGCGUUGAAAGAAAGAGCAUAUCUGACCUUUUUUCAAGCUUCAUAUCUGGUCGCCUCUACAAUCAAGUGGAAACAAUGGUCCGUUACUACCGGAUACCUGUGCUGCUUAUUGAGUUUUCUCAGGAUAAAAGCUUCUCUUUUCAGUCGGCAAGUGAUAUUGGUGAAGACGUUGUGCCCACAAGCAUAAUUUCUAAGCUUUCUUUACUGGUCCUGCAUUUCCCUCGCCUUCGUCUUGUUUGGUCCCGCAGCUUGCACGCAACUGCUGAAGUUUUUGCUUCCCUCAAGGCUAACCAAGAUGAACCCGAUGAAGCUGCUGCCAUGCGGGUAGGCAUCCCUUCUGAUGAAGGCAUAAUCCAAGAUGACGUGAGAGCCGAAAAUUACAACACAUCUGCCGUGGAGUUCCUAAGAAGUCUCCCAGGCGUCACUGAUUCUAAUUAUAGGAAAAUCAUGGACGGAUGCAAGAGCCUGGCUGAUCUUGCCAUUCUUCCCGUGGAGGAGCUUGCCGAGCUCAUGGGUGGUCAAAGGGCAGCUCACACACUAAGGGAUUUUCUAGAUGCCAAAUUCCCAACGUUGUUGUAAUUAUCAGAAGUACUAUUUAUAUUGCUGAAGCAUCAGGUAGCUUCCUCGACAUCUCA